UUUUCUUAUAUCCAAACAGAUUUUCACAAUGGCAUCGCAGACGACCCAUCAUUGGUUCCUAGUGCGACCGUUGUUUCCUCCGGAACCAGGUGGCGACGCACGGCCUUAACCAGGAAGCGGGCAAUAACACACACAGCAAUGGCUGACAUUGUCUGGCGUGGCCAUGCCGGAGAAUGACCCCUGAGCGACACCAUGCUACCAACCAAACUGACCUGCCAGGCCACCCUGAACGCCCUCAGACGGUACCGGCAUCCCGCCUGCCUCUCCAGCGCCGUCUCCCGCAAGGAAGAAUGGCUGCCCAGAGGGUGUCUCACCUCGAGAGUUGACCCUGGCCUGAGAUCCAUUUGCCCAUUUGGUGUAGCGCAGCGUCAUGGCAGGAGAUCAUUCAGCGUGUCGGCUGCUGCCAUUGUGAACGCAGCCCCGGCGCCUCUCCGGCCGUACCUCCGCUUGAUGAGGCUGGACAAACCGAUAGGAACGUGGCUGUUGUACCUUCCGUGCACAUGGAGCAUCGCCCUGGCUGCCGAGCCGGGACACCUCCCGGACUUGGGAAUGCUGGCCCUCUUUGGGACGGGGGCCUUGCUAAUGCGAGGAGCGGGCUGCACAAUCAACGACAUGUGGGACAAAGACUUUGACCAGAAGGUCGCCCGCACGGCCACUCGCCCCAUCGCGGCGGGGGAGGUUACUCAUCUGCAGGCUCUGGCGUUCCUGGGAGGGCAGCUGUCUCUCGCUCUUGGCGUUCUCCUGUGCCUCAACUAUUACAGCAUUGCUCUGGGUGCCGCCUCUUUGUCCCUGGUGGUCACUUACCCACUGAUGAAGAGGAUCACUUACUGGCCACAACUCGUGCUCGGUCUCACCUUCAACUGGGGGGCGUUGCUCGGCUGGUCCGCUAUCAAGGGCUCCUGUGAUUGGUCCGUGUGUCUCCCGCUGUACUUCUCCGGAGUGAUGUGGACGCUGAUCUACGACACCAUUUACGCACAUCAGGACAAGGAGGACGACGUCAAGGUGGGCGUCAAGUCGACCGCGCUGAGGUUCCAGGAGCAAACCAAACCUUGGCUAAGUGGCUUCACGGCGGCCAUGAUGGCGAGCCUCGUCGUGGCCGGGGUCCACGCGGAGCAGACCCUCCCUUACUACGCCGUCCUCGCCACCGUCGGCCUUCACUUAUCACGCCAGAUUUACACGCUGGACAUCAACAAGCCAGAAGACUGCUGGAAGAAGUUUGUAUCCAACAGAAACAUUGGCCUGCUGUUACUGUUAGGCAUCAUUGCAGGUAACCUGUGGAAAGAAAGGACAGAGACAGUCGUAUUAUAAGGACAUAUAGAAAUACAUUCAACACUGGAAAAAGAGGGAGACACAAAGCGCAUACAAACCAUUAAAAAAAGUACUUAAAA